CGCAAGGAGACGAGGAGCGAAUAGAAGCGCGGCGGCUCUGGGAGAGGCUAACAGAACGGAGUGAAGAGGAGAGAGUAGGAGGACAGGAGGGUGGAUCAGGAAGCAGACUGGUGGCUUUCUCUUGUAGGCAGCGGAACACGGUGAAGGCAAUUAUGGGAAAUGCACCAUCUCAAGCUAAUGUUGGGGCCUGCUUUCCAAAGCAAGAUCAGGAGCGUGGCGGAGGUCACAUGAUCUCCACCGAUGAUUUGGAGUACCCGCGCGAGUAUCGGACGCUAGGAAACAACACACGCCGCUUCUCCAAUGUGGGACUGGUCCACACCUCUGAGCACCGGCACACGGUUAUUGCCGCCCAGAGCUUGGAGGCGCUCACCAACCUGCACAAGGCUGACAUGGAACGCAAGCGGGAUGCCUUCAUGGACCAUCUGAAAAACAAGUACCCACCCCAGCACUCCCUGCCACCUUCUCCAUCCCCCUCACACAGCAGCAUGAGGGGCAGCUCCGAGAGAAGUGCUCGAGAACAGCAACAGCCAAACUACUGGAGCUUUAAGAGCCGUAGCCCACGUCACUCCCAGUCAACUCAGUCAGGUUUGGCAGACCAGGCAUCUAAGCUGUCCUUUGCCUCUGCUGAGUCUCUGGAGACCAUGUCCGAGGCCGACAUGCCACUGGGCUUCAACCGCAUGAACCGUUUCCGUCAGAGCCUCCCCCUCUCCCGCUCGGCAAGCCAGAACAAACUACGCUCUCCAGGUGUCCUCUUUCUGCAGUUUGGAGAUGAGACCAGGCGUGUUCACAUUACUCAUGAGCUCAACAGUUUGGAGACCUUGCACGCGCUCAUUGUACACAUGUUCCCUCAGAAGCUGACAGCGGGAAUGUUGAAGUCUCCCAACACAGCAAUCUUGAUCAAAGACGAAGCAAGAAAUGUCUUCUACGAGCUGGACGAUGUGAGAGACAUACAGGACCGCAGCAUCAUCAAAAUCUACCGUAAAGAGCCCAUCUAUGCCUCCUACCCUGCAGCACAUCUGGCCAAUGGAGACCUCAGGAGAGAGAUGGUUUACUCAUCGCGGGACUCAUCACCUACCCGCCGUCUCAACACCCUCCCUUCAUCCACUACCUCACCCUCCUCCGGUUCCCCAUCACGAUCCCGUCUAUCCUAUAGUGGGGGUCGCCCCCCAUCUUUCGCUGGUCAGGGUCACCCCCACCCCCAGGGCCCUCAGCAUCAGUCCCACCACCUGUCUCCCUCUCAUGGACAAGCUCAAGGCCUAACGCCUUCUUCCUCCGCCAUCCUGGAGCGUCGUGAUGUCAAACCCGAUGAGGAGAUGUCUGGUAAGAAUAUGGUUCUUAUGAAGAAUGAGGGCCUGUAUGCUGACCCCUACAGCCUAAUGCAUGAGGGACGGCUUAGCAUUGCCUCUACUCAAUCACUGGCCACCAUUGCCGACCCCUUUGGUUUCCCGGUGUCAGGAGGGCUGUACCGCAGGGGUUCAAUGCGGUCUCUUAGUACUUACUCAGCUGCAGCGCUACAAGGAGACCUGGAGGACUCCCUGUAUAAACCUGGGGGUUCUCUGUACUCUGAUACCUACGGCCCCAGCUCCACUCUUGGCAUGGGCUUUCGACUGCCACCCUCCUCCCCACAGAAAAUUUCAGACGUGCAGUUACGUGACAGAGAUUCGUUCACCAGUUCGCCAAGCCGAGGGUCGCCCGUGAGACAGACCUUCCGCAAGGACUCCACCUCCUCAUCUGUGUUUAUGGACAGUCCAAAGUCCAGACCCAGCUCUAGUUCAGAACCAAUAGGAGAUGGGAUUAAGGGACCCGGGUUUGUGUCGCCAUUGUCUGGAAAUGAGACAGACACACGCAGGGAUCGUAUGGAGGCAAUGGAGAAGCAGAUAGCCAGUCUGACUGGACUGGUUCAGAGCGUCCUAACUCGAGCACCAGACAGCGAUAGCACAUGCGGCCUGCUGCGUCUCUGCAUGAUGGCGGGCUGCCCUCCGGACCAGGGGGUGGAGUUUUCACGGCCCUUCCCUUUCUCUUCCAGUGAGAAGACCGAAUCCACCAGCGACGGCUCCGCAACAGGAACAGGCCGGCUGAAGAAGAAAGCACUGACUCCAUCUGCUCCUCUGGCUCUGAUGCCUCCGCCUUCAUCUAGCACCUCUCAGGGCUCAACUGUCUCCAGGCUACAGAUGCAGCUCCACCUCCACGACUUACAACAUAAUGCCACUGAUCUGCGCAAGCAGCUUGUACAGCUUCGGAAAAUGCAGCUGCAGAACCAGGACUCCAUACGCAGUCUGCUGAAGAGAACCGAGACAGAGCUGAGUCUUCGUCUAUCAGACGCCCUGAGAAAACAGGAAGACCCUCUUCAGAGACAGCGCCUCCUAGUAGAAGAGGAGAGACUCAAAUACCUCAACGAGGAGGAACUCAUAAUACAGCAAUUACAUGAUCUAGAGAAGUCAGUGGAGGAGAUCCAGAAGAUGUCUGUCAAUCACCGGCAUGUGACAGUACAGGAAUUGGAAGAGAAAACCUCCCUGCUGAGGAAACUGGGAGAGACGCUCACAGAGCUGAAGAAUCAAUUCCCAGGGCUGCAGAGUAAAAUGCGGGUUGUUUUAAGAGUAGAAGUGGAAGCCGUGAAGUUCCUGAAAGAGGAGCCACACAGACUGGAUGCGCUGCUUAAACGCUGCAAAUCAAUCACAGACACUCUCACCACGCUGAGGAGGCAGGUGAAUGAGGGAGUGUGGAAAAACCAGGAUGAGUAUUCAAGUCCCUCUGCUAAACACGGAGGAGGGGAUGACUACAGGAAGAACACAGACUUUGACAUUCCAACCAGCCCACCGCUCAGCCUCAAUGAGACCAGCCUGGCAAAUUGGAGCCCUCACUCCAGUCAAAGUCACACUCACAGCCUAUCCCACUCCAACCCUUCUCAUGCACAGCGCGAGAAAGACUCUCACGGAGUGGGGUCAUUAAAGGGGCGGGGCCUGGAGGAGCUGGGAGGGCGAAGCGGGUCUGAAAAGGCUUCGUCAGUGGAAGUGAGACUGGCAGCAGAGAGAGACUGGGAGGAAAAGAGAGCCAGUCUAACUCAGUACAGUGCUCAGGACAUUAAUCGACUGCUGGAAGAGACUCAAGCUGAGCUCAUGAAGGCCAUUCCAGACCUGGACUUUGCUGCCAAGCAGAUCAAACCUGCGCAAAACCAGAAUCAGAACCAAAUCCAGAACCAGACCCCAACUAGCACCAAUACCACACCAGAGCACAGGCCUAAUAAACCUCAGCAUAAACUCUCCAGUAAAGAGGGCGGAUCCAGAUGGGGCUCCGAUGAGCUGACAGUGGCAAGGUAUCGAACUGAGAAGCCCUCAAAAUCCCCCCCUCCUCCACCUCCCCGUAGGAGUUUCCCAUCCUCCCCUGGGCUUAUUACACGCAGCGGAGAGAUGAUCAUUCCUGGAAAGAGUAUAAAGAAAUCUGAAUCAGAGGAGACCGAGCCUCAGAAGCCACACGUGAAGCUGAGGAGGAGUGUAUCUGAAGCCCCCCGGCCGGCCUCCACCCCUCCAACCAUCGCUGGUGAAAGAGAGAAUGGGGACGAGGAGAAGUUAGCUGCUGAGCUGGAGACGCAGCAUGGAAUGUCCCCCACUUUGGUCCCCCAGAUAGUCUUGACUGAAUGUAACUCACUCCCCACAUCCCCUUCAGAGGACUCGGUUAGGGCCAGUCCAUCUGCAGCACCACAUAUUACUGACUGUGCACCGACAAUGCAAGACAAUGAAACUGGAAAUGACAUCAGAGUAAGUUACUUUAGCCACAUUGUCAGGACUCCCAGUCUGUCACUAUGGAAACAAGACUUGACAACCAGCCAAAAAGUCUCUUGGAUACAAGACUUCGAUGUGGCCCAGAGGGAGCCACAGACAAGGCAGACUCCUGUUCAGGAUGUGGCCCAGUCCAGGCCACACUUAACAAGGGAGAGAGCAAUUAAACAGCCUCUGAGGAGGGAGCCAAGGCUACAGGAUUCUCUUGAGGCAGAGAGAGAGUUGAAAGACGAGACAUCGAGAGAUCAGAGGCCAGGGACACUCCGCCAAAAGGUGGAAACUACAUCGUCUGUCUUGAAGGAAAAUGGCCCCUCAGAGACAUCUCACAUGGGUUUGAUCCGAACUCAGGGUGUUGGAGGGGAAAAGGAAGAUAUCUGCCACAGCACAUACCUUCGGCUGGACAGUCUGGAGGAAACCAUUCGUGAGCUGGAGCUUAGCUUGAUGGAGUUCAGCACAGACCCUCACACAGGGAACAUCUGCCCCAUUGCUGCCCAGCCACAGAGCUCCUCCACCAUCAGCAGCUCCCUCAAGAUAUCCAGCAGCACUCGGCAUACAGCACAGAGCCCUGAAGAUGGAGGCGAAGUAAACAAACCCCCUGUCCCACCUAAACCUACUUACAUCAGUACAUCAACAGCUAAGACUGGUGGUGGUAAGGCACUUACUCGUCUAAAGCACCUGCAGCAAAGUGGAUCAGAAAAGAGCAAAACAAGCAAACAGAGAGAUGACUUCCUUAAGAACCAGGGUCAACAGCAGUUAUGCCAGUUCCAGAAAGCCAACAGAUGGGCUUGGACACUCACCACCAGCCUGUUCCAGCUCCACCGCACAGCCAGCAUCACACCACCCACGGGAGGCCUGGGGAAGGACUGUUUUCCCAAACCCUCAUUUGUUUGCCAAAUCUCACAUGUUGGAACCUAGCUGAGUCCAGUAGAUGUCCAUCAAGUGUAAAAUCAAGACUGUAAGACUUUGUAAAACCAAGUAGAGUUGCAAUAAUUGAGUGAGUACUGUAGUAGUCUGUGUUUGUUCAGAGUUUUUAUUGCUCAUAUCUAUAUCAACAAAUAGAAUGUUUAGAAAAAUACAGCAAAACCUUAACAUGAAAAGCUGCAUCACUUGUUCUGAUGUAGGUUUUCUGGCUAACAGUUGUACUGUUUAGGAACAUAACUUAAAUUGGUGCUAUGAUUAUAGUAAAAAUUAUUAACAGCAAAAUCGCAUGUGGUUACAGGUUAUACCAGGGGUCGACAACCUAUGGCAUGCAUGCCAGCAUUGGCACGUGAAGGGGUAAUCAAUGGCACGCCAGCAACGGUUGAAAGAGAGUAGAUUAUUUUAUUUAUAUAAAUUCCGCUCCUGCAUUCCAAUCUACAUCUUGAUGUAAUCCUUCCUCGUGAUCACGCAGCAUCUUUUCGUGAGCCGAAUGGGAGACUAAACAAAAAGUUAAAUGUGACGAGACUGUAGUUUACGAAAAAAGACUCUUUCGCCAUUCUCACAUCACAAGCCUGCAGUAGCCUACCUUCCGUGUGUCAUUUGUUUCUUUUUUGCUUUCAGAACAACACAUGAUGUAAUAAGGAAAACACCACUAUUAAUCCUUGAGAUUUCCAACCCAGCAUACAAGUACACCCUCCUUAAACCGUGAUCACACUCAAAAUUACAUUAAACGAUUAAAAGAGAAAACAUAAACCCACAUCAUGGGGUUAAAAUAUCUGAGUCUAUUCAAAAUAUAAAUUAAACCUGGAAAUACAUUUUUGGAUUUUGGAGGUGUGAUUCAUCAAAAAGGGCUAAGUAGUUGAUCGGCAUGCAUGUGCAGCAUGUGUCUCGUCACACUUUAAUAAUGUUUAGCCUCCCUUUCAGCUGAUGAAAACAGGCUGUGCGAUC